CUUGUGUUCCUAGACCGCUGUGUUCCUAGACCGCUGUGUUCCUAGACCGCUGUGUUCCUAGACCGCUGUGUUCCUAGACCGCUGUGUUCCUAGACCACUGUGUUCCACUGUAUUAGAAUCCUCUUGUCUUUCUGAGAGGAAGACAGCCAUCGGCCGCCAUUAUGACGGAGUGGACACUCCUCAAACGUCUCCUGGACGCCGUCCACCAGCACUCCACCAUGAUUGGACGCCUCUGGCUCACCGUCAUGGUGAUCUUUCGCCUCCUCAUCAUUGCCGUGGCGACUGAGGACGUGUACGCCGACGAGCAGGAGAUGUUUGUGUGCAACACCCUGCAGCCGGGCUGCACCACAGUCUGCUAUGAUGCCUUCGCGCCCAUCUCACAGCCGCGCUUCUGGGUCUUCCACAUCAUCAGCGUCUCGACUCCGUCUCUCUGUUUUAUCAUAUAUACGUGGCAUAAUCUGUCCAAGCUGCCGCAGGGACACAGCGGGCAGGGCCAGGGGGUUAACCCAAGGGACAUGCCUCGAGAYGGGGGGAAGGAUGGAGGUCGAGAGGCAUUCAACCGGAGCUGCGACUCGGAUAGCUGCUCCAUCCGUUCGCACCGGCACUUAGGUCACAGCUUGGCCAAUGUCUUGGAGGGAAUCGCUGCCCAGAGUCAGCGCCUCCUAAAGGGAGCUGCCACCACUACAGCCACCACAGCCACAUCUCUAACCCAGGCCAGGGCUCGCGUCUACAGGAAUAGCCACUACGAUGCACCGGGGGGUCCUGGAGGUGGAGGAGGAACCGGAGGCGUCCUCUCCAAGUACUACGUGUUCCAUGUGUGUUUCCGGGCGCUGCUGGAGGUGGGCUUUGUCAUGGCCCAGUGGUUUCUCUUCGGCUUCCGAGUGCCCGUCCACUUUUUGUGCAAGGCCCCACCCUGUACGCAGCCYGUGGACUGCUACGUGUCACGGCCCACAGAGAAAACCAUCUUCCUCCUCUUCAUGUUCUGCGUGGGGCUCUUCUGCAUCCUCCUCAACCUUCUGGAGCUUAAUCAUCUAGGAUGGAAGAAGAUCAGACACUCAGUGAGGCUCAGGGAGGGAGGAUCAUGGGGGAAUUAUGGGGUAGAGAAAGGGAGGCAGGAAACCUUUGAGACUUUCUCUSCCGACAGCCCCUCACUGAUGUCGUCUCUCGGCCUUAGGGAUGUCACCAGUACGACGUUGCUACCGACCUUGGAUCUGGUAGUCGACCAUCGGCCUGACUGGACCUGUGCUGGGAACUGUUCCCCAUUUAAUAAGGAGCCUGAUGCUGGUAUAGAGACAGGGCUGCAGCUUCCCAACAACCAGGAGCUCCAGAGAGGAGAGACACAGCUUCUGAAGAGCCAAGGGGAGGGCUGGAAGUCCAAGCUGCGCAGUACAGAGGUCUGGAUAUGAAUGAAAGAAUUGAAACGCUGUAUAGUGCUUUGGCAUUAUUCCAUGACAACUACCAGGAAAUGACUUAUGUUACAGUACGCUGUAUUUGCAAGUCCAUACAGAUGUACUGUGGUACUCAUCACUGGUAAUGUUGUUUCCCAAGAAAAUAGAGAAAAUACACCAGAGUACCUGAGUGUCUGAGGUGUGGAUAUGAGCGAACAUUUGACCAAGCUUCCCUCAGCACUGUGCUGUUUACAACUGUGGYUCUCAAGCAUUUAUGACGCACAAAAACCUUUAGGAAUAGUGACACAUUUUGACUGACUUAAAAUUUUUGACUAAARCUAGAAUAGAACAAGUCGUUCCAGCCACAACUCAAAAGAUUUCAGCCCUCACCUGCCAUUUGGGAAUCACUGAUCUAUAGACAUGAUAUACUUGGUGAGUCUUAAAACCUGAAAUCCACUAAAAGGAUGAAAAUGUACAUUUUCCACCAAUGUUGUACCUUACCAAGGUCAGUUCUAUGCGUGUCAAUUAUUCAUUUAUGUGGAAAAUGUUACUUUGUAGCAUAUAAUUUGUAUAUUUCAAUUGAAAGCUAUGGAAGGGCUGAAGUCAAYUCCAUUUCCACUCAAGUCUAUUCAGGAAAGGAAUUCAUUGUCCAUCACUUUCAAUACCUAUGAGGAUUUUUAAAAAGUUUUCAUUCACUGGGUUGGUCAUU